CAAGGCAACUUUGCACGAGCAUCACAACGAUCAUCAAUCGGGCAGCCAUUGCUUUGUUCGAAAGACGAACACCGACCUAAGUCCAUCGCAGCCGCUCGCCAGGGAUAUACCUUAUCUUCAGCUUUCAAUAUCCCACGCAGCCUGCGCUGCUAAUAUCUUGCCCGCCCAUCUCCCGGGCUCGGUGACUGAACCUAAGUUCCGUCUCGUAACCCCUCGAUUGCAACGCCGAGCUCUCCCCGCGAUGCCUCCUCCGCCGCCGCCUCCGCCGCCGCCGCCCCCGGGGCUUGGAGGACCACCACCGCCUCCCCCUCCCCCUCCGCCAUCGGCAGCUGCCGUGCCGGGUAGAGGGGCACUGCUCGCAGAUAUCACCAAGGGCAAGGCGCUGAAGAAGGCCGUUACCAAUGAUCGGUCCGCUCCGAUGAUAGGCAAGGUGUCGUCCGUGGGCGGCACGGCUCCCUCGGGCCUCGGCGCACCACCGAUCCCUAGCCUGCCGAAGACUCCCGGAGGUCUUGCCCCUCCCGUACCCGGAAACCGAGCGAGAAGCAACAGCGAUCAGGGCAACAGAACGCAGCCGGCAUCAUCGAUUGCGGAUGGCCCUCCACAACUAGCUGGCCUGUUUGCGGGAGGCAUGCCGAAGCUGCGGAAGACAGGCGGUGGCGUCGAUACUGGGGCAAACCGAGACGCCUCGUACCUGUCAGACUCAGAAGCAUUGCCUCGAUCUGCUCCGAGACCUCCUGCGGCAGCGGCGCCGCCGGUUCCCGGCAGACCAUCCUUGCCUGGUACGGCCAGCACCCCAAGCUUACACCCCCCGAAAAAGGGCCCACCCCCGCCGGUCGGCAAGAAACCGCCACCGCCUCCUCCCGGGUCUAGGAAACCGUCUUCAACUGUGUCUCCACCGCCGCCUCCUCUCCCGGGCGCUCCAGCUCCACCACCCCCUUCCGUCGCACCACCCGCUCCCUCAUCAUCCGCUCCUCCAGCUCCGCCACCGCCGCCACCCUCCGCCGCCCCCCGUCCGCCCCCAGCACCGGUGCGCUCGCAACCGCCGCCGCCGCCAUCCGCAUCGACGAGCAGCAUUUCUCAAAGUAUCGCAGCCCAGGCAGCCAUCCGCGCCGCGUCCAGUGUUGCUGCACCUCCAGCAGCAGCACCUCCUCCUCCACCGCCUCCUCCCCCCAGCGGGCCACCCCGAUCAGCAGCUCCGAGCCCUCCGCCUUCUGCGGCGCCAGCGCCACCAACACCACCACCUCCUCCUCCGUCCGCAGCGCCCGCAGCGCCCGCUCCAUCGGCGUUAUUCCACUCGGCCUCGAGCGCGUCGGGCCGAGCAUCCAUGCGCUCACUGCUGGAUCCAAGCAAUUUCACGCUCACGCCCAAUGGCGCCGGGGGCGGUUCCAAGACACCCAGUCCAGGGCGCGGCUCGACGCCGACGCCCGGCUCCCCUGCUGUCUCCAGCGGUCGGUAUGUGGUGCAGGACCCGCGGUGGAAGUUCCACGGCGAGGAGCACCUCCCCAAGCCGCGGGAGUUCGUGGGCGGGCCGAGAAAGUAUCGCGCUGGGCGGGGAAGCAGCGUGCCGCUGGAUUUGGGUGCUUUUUAAAACUUUGAUAAAGGGGUGGCGUCUCGCAGGAAGAGAGGGAGGAUGUGGAUCCAGGGGCAAAGGGAAGAGGGAUGUUAAGUGAGAGACU